AUGGAAGAUCUAGAGCUGGUUCUGUAUUUGGAUAUGGUUCUAGAGCUGACGCUACCCUCUGGUGCUGAGCUAGAGCUACCCGCUGUGGCUCUGGCUCUGGAGCUGACACUGAAGGCUGGCUCCGACUUCCGAAGGUGGAGCAGCCAGGUGCAGGGGUGGGCGUCCUGGCCCCUCCAGAGCCCGAGUAAGUUCCCUGCAUCCUGCAUCUGGAGGGCCCCCUUCAGAGGCUGCUCCUGCAUCAGCAGGUCUAAGAUCCAGAACCUGUCCCUGUUACAGUUGAUGCCAGUGCUCCUGACCGAGAGACUGACCCAUAUUCUGAUGGAGACCUUUGCCUUGACCCCUCUCCUGACCCUGCUGUUGCCCCUGCAACAGCUCCUGCCACUGAUGCUGCCCCUCUACUCAUUCCUGCUCUUGACCCUGACCCUGCGCCAGCUCCUGACCCUGAGCCUGACCAUGACCCUGCUCCUGACCCUGAUCCUGAAAGUGACCAGGACUCUGCUCCUGACCCUAUCCCUCCUUCUGAUCUGGACCCUGGCUUUGCUUCUGCCCCUGACCCUGCUCCUGACUCUGCUCCUGCUUCUGUCCUUAUCCCUUCCCUUGCUCCUGAUCCUGCCCCUUCCCCUGCUCCCGACUCUGACCCUGACCAUGCUCCUGUUUAUGACACUGACCCUGACCCUGCUACUGCCCCCGCCCCUUACGCUGACCCUUCUCCUUCCCCACCUCUGCCACUGCUCCUGCCCCUGCCCCUGCCCCUCCUCCUGCUCAGCUCCCAGAGGGCUCCCAGGAGCCCAUAGCUCUUUGAAGAUAAUUGCUUGUGCAAUUACCCUUCAUUCCAUCACCUGACCCCAAUCUCCCACCCGCAUGUGUCAUCCCCUCACCUUAUAUUCUUUCUAGUAUCUAUUCACUGUGUUUGUAUCUUUACACAUUCUGUAUGGCAUAUACUAUUUCUUUUAAAUAA